AGACAUAAUUUUGAAUUCUCUAAGAAAAUAAGCAAUGGAUUCAAAAUUAAGGAAAGUGAGGAGAUACACAGUUUAGAUUAUUGUUUGUAUUUUUAUAUCUGUUGAUAAGUCAGGGGUCGUAAACUUUAGUGCGAUAAUGAUAUCUUAUAUAAUUGUUUGACAGUAUAAUGUUGUUGUAAUCAGUUGUGGGAUAAAGUUUUUAAGAUGUCAAACAAGCCAAUUACGAAGAAGAUAAUAAACUCACCACAAACAUGCGUGGAUGACAAUCUUCGAGGAGUUGUGGCGACCUACCCCUCGCUGCAGCUGCAUCCCAAACACAGGGUCAUCACCGUUAGGCAGAAGAGUGACACUGGCAGAGUGGCCAUUCUUGGUGGUGGGGGUUCAGGACACGAGCCUUUUGCAGCAGGUUUCGUUGGUGCUGGCUUGCUGGAUGGUGCUGUAGCUGGGGGCGUGUUCGCCUCUCCUCCUACCGGGCACGUCCUCUACGCCAUCGCCCAUUUGUACAAAUAUAAUUCAGGUGGAGUCCUAGUUAUCAUUGGAAAUUACACAGGAGACAGAUUAAACUUUGGAAAAGCUAUAGAGAAAGCAAAGAUCUCUGGUAUCAAGGUUGAAGGUCUGAUCGUUGGUGAAGAUGUUGCAUCUUGUAAGAACAAGACUGGAGGUCGCAGUAUGGUGGGAGAAGUUCUAUUUUAUAAGUUGGCUGGGGCUUUGGCAGCGAAGGGUUACGAUCUAGCAACCAUUCGCAAAGAGGCAGCAGAGUUCAACAAGUACAUGGCUACUUUGGGUGUCUGCUUGAGUGCCUGUUCUUUACCUGGCCAACCACCUUUGUUCGAAAUCGCUCACGAUGAGAUGGAACUUGGAGCUGGAGUGCACGGGGAAGCUGGCAUCACUAAGAUGAAGAUGGGCACCGCUAAGGAAGUUGUCGCUAUGAUCUUGGAACAGAUAAUUACCCACUUGAAGCUUGUCGCUGGCAACAGGGUUGUAGUGACAAUUGACAAUUUAGGAGGCACUUCUAUCUUUGAAAUGAACAUCAUCAGCGCUGAGGUCAAAGAUCAUUUAGAAAGCAAGAAAAUCAAAGUGGAGCGCAUAUUCUCCGGGCACUUCAAGACUUCGCUAGAGAUGCAAGGCUUCCAGAUUUGCGUGUUGCACCUGAAUGAGGAGAAGGGAGAUCUAUGGCUGGAGACCCUGGACGCUCCUACCGGUGGCAGCGCGUGGACUGGUGGAGUGCUGUCCGUCAGGAGUGAGGGGGGGCAUGUGGAUGAUGAGACGCUGUUGCAAAGCCAUGGGGCGAAGGCCAAAUCAGGACCAGCUCUAAAGUCAAAGGAACAGGAGUUACUUCGUGGCAGCCUGCUGUCUGCAACUGAGCAGCUGGUCAAGAGUGAAGCAUUGCUAAACAAACUGGACUCUGGCUGCGGGGAUGGCGACUGUGGGAUCACGCUUAAGAACUUUGGAAUAGCAAUCCAAUCCUAUUUGAAGACAGCGUCAGUGGAGUACCCGUCCAACGUUUUGUGGGACCUGUCAGAAAUUGCGGAGACUGACAUGGGAGGCACUUCGGGAGGCAUCUACAGUCUGGGCCUGUCUGCUGCCUCACAGGCUAUGGCUAGUGCAAAAUCUAAUGACGUUUCUUCAUGGCUUGCUGCAUGGGAAAGCGGUAUUCAAGCAAUUAGCAAAUAUGGUGGAGCAGAGCCAGGAGACAGGACAAUGCUAGACACGUUACAUCAUGCUGCAGAGGCAUUCAAACAGAACUUGAACUCUGAUCUGAAGGCUUUGCUGAAGAAGACUGCUGAAGCUUCCGAACAAGGAGCUAAGGCUACUGUCAAAAUGGUUGCAAGGGCUGGGAGAGCAUCAUAUGUAGCGAGCGGUUAUAUGAACGACGAGGACGCCGGCGCCCGCGCAGCCGCCGUGUGGCUUCAAGCUAUACUCAACUAUGUUAUUAAUAAUAUAUAAGAGUUUAUACU